AUGCUCAUCUUUUUGAGUGUCGUAUGCAUCUUGAUCGCGCCCUUCUACUUGAUAUACAAGCCCCCGGCGUAUUUAGUACGCUAUUUCCAAUGGCGGUGGCCGGAUGUCCUCUGGCGCGUUUCGACGUCUUCAAAGGUCAUUGCACUCACAAUUGACGACGGGCCAUCCGAAUACACCAACGAAAUAAUGCAGAUUCUUAAGUCAAAUGGUGCAACAGCAACGUUCUUCAUUAUCGGAUCGCAAGUCGCAGGGCAGGAAAAAACCCUACAAGAUCUCAUACGCAAUGGAAAUGAGCUGGGGAAUCAUGCGAUGUACGAUGAGCCUUCGCGAUCCUUGAGCGAUGCCACUCUCGUCGACCAGAUUCAUUCCGUUGAAGGAAUACUCGACGAGGCAUACACCACCAUUGACGCAGAACAUCCUCCCAAAUACUUCCGACCGGGUUCAGGAUUCUUUAGCGAAAGAAUGCGCAAGAUGCUGGGUAGAUUGGGCUACCGGCUGGUCCUCGGCAGCAUCUACCCACACGAUCCGCAGGUUCCUUUUUGGCGUAUCAAUGCAAGACAUAUAAUAAGCAUGUUACGACCAGGAGGGAUCAUCGUCUGCCAUGACAGGAGGAGCUGGACGGCUCCCAUGCUACGAAAGGUACUUCCCGAAAUUCGGCGUAAAGGAUAUCGCAUAAUUACUGUCACAGAGCUGUUGAAGGAAGCAAGGACGUGA